AUGGUGGCAGACCCCUUGAGUCAAAUUUCACAAACUUUGGAGCCUCUACCUAUUCGUGAGAACUUUCCAGAUGAGCAGCUUUUAGAGCUGCGAGGUAAGGACCCGUGGUAUGCUGACUUGGUUAACUAUCUAGUUGCCUCUGAAUUGCUUGCUUAUUUUAAAAAGCAUCAGAUAGAGAAACUUAGGAGUGAGGCUAAAUAUUAUGUCUGGGAUGAUCCUUAUUUGUGGCGCAUGUGUAGUGAUCAGAUUAUUAGGCGCUGUGUGCAUGAGCUUGAGAUUCCUUCCAUUUUGCAUUUUUGUCAUACACUUGCUUGUGGUGGUCAUAUUGGGUCACAACGCACUGCUAGAAAGAUAUUUGAUGUUUGGGGUAUUGAUUUUAUGGGUCCAUUUCCUAUCUCAUUUGGUUUUGUUUAUAUUUUGUUGGCUGUUGAUUAUGUCUCCAAGUGGGUGGAGGCCAAGGCCAUCCGAACUGAUGAUUCUCAUGUUGUUGUAGAUUUUGUCAAAUCACACAUUCUUUGCAGGUUUGGAGUGCCCCGGGCAGAGGUAUCAAAUAGGGAACUGAAACAUAUUCUGGAGAAAACAGUUCAGACAAACAGGAAGGAUUGGAGCAAGAGGCUUGAAGAUGCACUAUGGGCUUACCGCACUGCCUACAAGACCCCUUUGGGAAUGUCCCCUUAUAGAAUUGUCUUUGGCAAGGCAUGCCACCUUCCGGUGGAAAUUGAACACAAAGCAUAUUGGGCAGUUAAGAACUGUAACUUUGAUAUGAGCCAGUCCGGACUUCAUAGGAAGUUCCAACUUCAGGAGUUAGAGGAGAUUCAGUUGGAAGCCUAUGAGAACUCCCGCAUGUACAAAGAAAAGACAAAACUUAUUCAUGAUAAGAUGUUGUUGUGGAAGGAAUUCUCCAUAGGCCAGAAAGUGCUUCUCUACAAUUCUCGCCUCAAGCUCUUUUCUGGUAAGUUUCGUUCUAGGUGGCUUGGCCCCUAUAUGGUAACUAAGAUUUUUCCAUAUGGUGCUAUACAGAUUUUGGAGCCUGGAACAGAUAAAGUAUUCACAGUGAAUGGCCACCGCUUGAAGCCUUUUCAUGAAGACACACCCUUGGAGACCAUUGAGGAGCACAUUAUAAGCUUUAAGUGGAAAACUAUGUUAUACCUAACCUUAGGGAAUAGGGAGUGCAUUGGUUUCAUUAAUGUUAUUGCAUUUCAAGUGUAG